GUGCAGGCUUUGGCCCAAAGGAAAGUGGUUCCAGCUGCGGGAGCUGUGGGGCUGCAGGCCCAGAAUCUACUGGGCAAACUGGAGGAGGAAGCCCAGUGGCUACUGGGCCUGGAGCUCAACCCGCUGCUGCGCCGCCAUCCAGGGGGGCCACAGCCCCUUCCAGCCGUCCUCCCUUCUGUCUACUCUCUGCAUCCGGCGUGUCCUGGAUCCCAGAACCUCGUCCACCUGAGCCAGGACCUGGGGCUGCCUGCAGGCAAGGCCCCAGAAUUCCUCUUGUACCAGGCAGUCUCCCUGCGCCAGGAUUGGCUGUUUCUCCAGGACCAGCUGAGUCACAGGCGUGGCAUGCUGAUGCGCCUACAGAGGGAUCUGCCCCCAGGACCAUCCACCCAGGGUGAGAAGCACAGACACUAGGGAUAGCUGCCAGUG